ACGGAAGGCUUUGGAGUAUUCAAUUUUUUCUUUCGUUUUAUAUUUUUCUUAUUCCUCAUCGCGGUGCUGGGAGAAAAGAGUUAAUUAGACUGAGGAAGAGGAGUACGCAGCUCGGGCCGAAAAACUGAUCAUCAUGACCGGCUAAGGCAAAGCAAAGGCAAGAAAGCCAAAGAGGAAGAAGAAGGAAGGGAGGGAAGAAGAGGAGUACGUACACACCCACUGCUGCUCAUCUCCACGGCAACUGUGUUCACACGCUCGCAGACUUCUGGGAGGAGACCUUGGCGAGCUGCAUCACCAGCGUUGGAGGAAGGGGGAAGAGACUCGAAUGGAAAGAGACGAAUGAAAGAGCAUCCCUUCAUCACUUACCAUUUAUCAUCUUUUAGUUUUUUUUAUUGAGUUCACACUUACGCUGCCAUUUUGAGUUGAUGGUUAACUUUUAAAGUCUUUUAAGAUCUGAGUCAAAAGCAUCUUUCAACCAACUUACAUCAGCAGAUUCAUCUUUUCUGGCCUCUUUACUAGUUUCUCAGCAAUUAAGUGUCCUUUGUACAUAUUAUCACACUUUAAAAACAGUCCAUCUUCACACCGCCCCUUCCCCACUCUGAUAACGCCCAGCAUCGCCCACCUUAACCUGAGACUGCUCACCCCUCGCCCUGCAAGACCCCACCUUAGUCGUCUGUGCGUGACUUCAUCUGUCUACCAUCCCUUCAUCCGAGGCUAUGAGAGGAGGAGUCGAAUCCCAGAUCACUCCAUCAUGCCAGUUCUGAAGAGCAGAGAGGAGAUCCGGGCUGGCAAUGUUCAAGGGACGGCGUUUACACUCCUUCACAAUGCUUGUCAGCCUCCGCCCCUCUCCCUCCCGUCUUCAGGACAAGCCUCUCGUCUCCCCCUCCUCCUCGCCCCAUCUUCCUCCUCCUCCUCCUCCUCCUCCUCCUCCGGACCAGUCCUCUCAUCACCCUCACUGUCAGCCUCGGCUGACCCUGCCCUUCCUCUCCUUAUCCCUCUCUCUGCUCCUGCUCUCCGUACUCCUCUUGCCUGUUUGCGAGUCUCGCAGGGGUGGAGGUCCAGGUUCAGGGCCUGGAGGUUCCCCAGGGGGACAAGGUGGCCAGAGGGGAGGCGGCCAGAGGGGCGUUGCCAUCCCUCCUCAGUACUCCCCUGCCCUGCCGGCUCUUCCCCCAAUCAAUCCCAAACUGAUCAACUCACUCAGUAUAGCUGUCAUCCUGGUGGGCAACUCUAGUGAAGUAACCCUGGGGGUGGGACUUGAGAAAGAGGACUUCCUUCACAUCCCGUACCCUCCCAAAGUUGAGGUAGUCACCAUGAAUGAGACUGAUCCAAAGAGUAUCAUCAAUCGGAUCUGCGCACAAAUGACGAGGAACUCUCUGCAAGGCGUUGUGUUCGGUGAUGACACAGACCAGGAGGCCAUCGCUCAGAUCCUGGACUUCAUCUCGGCCCAGACACACAUCCCCAUCCUGGGCAUCAGGGGAGGCUCCGCCAUGGUCAUGGCUGCCAAGGACGACAACUCCAUGUUUUUCCAGUUUGGUCCGUCCAUCGAGCAGCAGGCCUCUGUCAUGUUGAACAUCAUGGAGGAGUAUGACUGGUACAUCUUCUCCAUAGUCACCACGUACUACCCCGGCCACCAGGACUUUGUCAACAAGGUCCGCAGUACCAUCGAUAACAGCUUCGUGGGCUGGGAGCUAGAAGAAGUCUUCCUACUGGACAUGUCAGUGGACGAUGGAGAUUCCAAGAUUCAGAACCAGCUGAAGAAACUGCAGAGUCCCGUUAUCCUGCUCUACUGCACUAAGGAGGAGGCGAGCACUAUCUUUGAGGUGGCCCAUUCUGUGGGCCUUACGGGUUAUGGCUUCACCUGGAUCGUGCCGUCGCUGGUGGCUGGAGAUGCAGACCACGUUCCUUCUGUCUUCCCUACAGGGCUUAUCUCGGUGUCAUAUGACGAAUGGGACUACAACAUCGAGGCCAGGGUACGUGAUGCAGUGGCUGUCAUUGCCACGGCGACCUCCACCAUGAUCCUGGACCGGGGACCGCACACCCUGCUAAAGUCAAGCUGCCUCGGGACACCUGACAAAAAGAGCUCCAACACUGGCCAUUCCAAGGAAAUACUGAAGUACCUCAUGAAUGUGACAUUUGAAGGCCGAAACCUGUCAUUUAGUGAAGAGGGUCACCAGAUGUUCCCCAAACUGGUCAUCAUUCUUCUAGACAAGGACAGACAAUGGGACAGGGUUGGCAAGUGGGAGCGAGGCUCUCUGACGAUGAGGUACCAUGUGUGGCCUCGCUUUGAGCUGUACUCUGCCGCGGAGGAGCAGGAGGACCACCUGUCCAUCGUGACUCUGGAGGAGGCGCCGUUUGUCAUCGUGGAGGACGUGGACCCGCUCAGUGGGACCUGCAUGAGAAAUACUGUGCCGUGCCGCAAACAGCUCAAACUCACCAAUCAGACGGGUGAUUCAGGGAUUUACAUCAAGCGCUGCUGCAAAGGUUUCUGUAUCGACAUCCUGAAGAAGAUCGCCAAGACGGUCAAGUUCACGUACGACCUCUACCUGGUCACCAACGGCAAACAUGGCAAGAAGGUUAAUGGGACCUGGAACGGCAUGGUCGGGGAGGUGGUGUUGAAGAAUGCCCACAUGGCAGUAGGUUCGCUCACCAUCAACGAGGAGAGGUCAGAGGUCAUCGACUUCUCUGUGCCCUUCAUUGAGACUGGCAUCAGUGUCAUGGUCUCCCGUAGCAACGGCACCGUGUCCCCCUCCGCCUUUCUUGGUGAGGAGAAACCCCUCAGUGCUGAUGUCUGGGUGAUGAUGUUUGUGAUGUUGCUGAUGGUGUCGGCCGUGGCGGUGUUUGUGUUUGAGUAUUUCAGCCCGGUGGGUUACAACCGCUGCCUGGCAGAUGGGCGAGAGCCCGGCGGUCCCUCCUUCACCAUCGGCAAGGCCGUCUGGCUGCUUUGGGGUCUGGUUUUCAACAACUCUGUCCCCGUGCAGAAUCCCAAAGGUACCACCAGUAAGAUCAUGGUAUCAGUGUGGGCCUUCUUCGCUGUCAUCUUCCUGGCCUCUUACACUGCCAACCUGGCUGCCUUCAUGAUCCAGGAGGAGUAUGUGGACCAGGUGUCGGGCCUGUCAGAUAAAAAGUUCCAGAAGCCUAACGAAUUCUCGCCGCCAUUCCGGUUCGGCACGGUGCCCAAUGGGAGUACAGAGCGCAACAUCCGCAACAACUACCGGGACAUGCAUACUUACAUGACCAGCUUCCACCAGAAGAAUGUAGAUGAAGCGCUGUACAGUCUGAAGACCGGCAAACUGGACGCCUUCAUCUACGACGCUGCGGUGCUGAACUACAUGGCGGGCAGAGACGAGGGCUGUAAACUGGUCACCAUUGGGAGCGGCAAGGUGUUCGCUUCCACCGGCUACGGCAUUGCCAUCCAGAAAGAUUCUGGAUGGAAGCGAGCUGUGGAUCUGGCCAUCCUCAUGCUGUUUGGAGACGGUGAGAUGGAGGAGCUGGAGGCCUUGUGGCUGACGGGCAUCUGCCACAACGAGAAGAACGAGGUGAUGAGCAGCCAGCUGGACGUGGACAACAUGGCGGGGGUCUUCUACAUGCUGGGGGCCGCCAUGGUUCUGUCAUUAAUCACCUUCAUCUGUGAACAUUGGUUCUACUGGCAGCUGCGCUUCUGCUUCAUGGGCGUGUGCUCGGGACAGCCCGGGGCCACCUUCUCCAUUAGCAGAGGUAUCUACAGCUGCAUCCACGGGGUACAAAUUGAGGAAAACAAGUCAACUAUAGACUCGCCCUCGGCCACCAUGAAGAAGAACAUGAACAACACCCACUCCAACAUCCUGCGGUUGCUCCGCACUGCCAAGGACAUGACUGCCGUCCCAGGCAUUAACGGCUCUCCGCAUGCCGCCCUGGAGUACAGUCACAGCGGGCGUGACUCGGCUAUCUAUGAUAUCCAGGAGCACCGGCGCAGCUUGGUGGGUCACCCCGUCGAUUGCAAGUCAGCACCACCAUACCUGCCAGAGGACAACAUGUUCAGUGACUACAUCAGCGAGGUGGAGAGGACUUUUGGCAACUUGCCCCUGAAGGACAGCAACCUGUACCAGGACCAUUACCUGCACCACCACCCGGCCUCGGCUCUGGGUAUGUCCGGCCCCCCGCCUAAUAGGCCGCGUAGCUUAGGCAGCGCUAGCUCGUUGGAGGGGGGCAUGUUCGAUUGCGACAGUUUAGGGGGAGGGGUAGCGCCCAUCUUCACCACCCAGCCCCGCCCCUCCAUGACUCACAGGAAUACCAAUAAGUUUGACCUGAUUGCCGGCCACACCCCUGCGGAUUCCAACCAGGGUGGGUUCAAGGGAGGCAAUGUGUACGGCAGGUUUUCUUUCAAAGGAGGUGCAUCCAGCACGGGGCUCAUCGGGGGUCACGAAAGGUACUGUGGUGGGGGUGGGGGAGGCUCAGGGGGGGACGAUGGGAACAUUCGCUCUGACGUUUCGGAUAUCUCAACGCACACUGUCACCUACGGCAACCUGGAGGGAAACAACAAGCGGCGUAAGCAGUACAGGGACAGCCUGAAAAAGAGGCCAGCUUCGGCCAAGUGCAGACGGGAGCAGGACGAGAUAGAGCUGAGCGGCCUCAGGAGGAGAGCCCACCACCACACCGUCCACCACCACUUCCCCCACGGGCCCCUGGCACACCGCACGGUCUCACCUCCCCUGGAGCGGAAGAGGGGAGGAGGAGGGGGUAAUAAUUCACCUUACUUAUUCCGCAAAGAUAAAGAGAACCUGAGGGAUUUCUAUGCGGACCAGUUCCGCUCCAAGGAGGGCAAGGCCAAGUGGGAGCAAGAGGGUGGAAGUGGAGGAAGCGGUGUGGGCGGUGGUAGUGGUGGUGGUAUCUGUAAAAGCUUAGUACCUGUAGAAGACUUCCUCAAAGGUAAAGGCAAGAAGCCGGAGUGCAAAAGUGGGCUGGGCUCAGUGUCGGCAGGACAGCAGGCCCACACCUGCUGGGAGAAGGGGGUUUCUGGGUUAGGAGGGGGGGGCAUAGCAGGGGGUGACUGGGAGUGUCGUAACUGCCACAACGUAUGUCACCACGGUGGAGGCGGUACGUGCCAGGCUAGCGGGGUUGGGGGUACCAGCAGUCGCCCCAGCUCCGCUAGCUGCAAGCGCUGCGACUCCUGUAAGAUCCAGCCAAGCAACCUGUACAACAUCAGCGAGGAUAAUAACAUGGUGUUUGCUGGAGUGAAGAGUAGCGUAGGACCCAGCCAGCCACAGACUCAGGCACAGCGCAGGAAGCUAGGGCCGGGUGGGAGGGUGUUACGGAGGCAGCACUCAUAUGACACAUUUGUGGACCUGCAGAGGGAGGGGUCAGGCCGCAUGGGAGGGAUCGGAGGGGGUGUCGGGGGGCAGUUCCCCCAACCCCGAAGUGUGAGCUUGAAAGACAAAGACCGCUUCAUGGAGGGCCCCAGCCCUUACGCUCACAUGUUUGAGAGGUACUCAAGUGACAGGGAGUCUUCCAUGUUCGGAGGGAUAGGCGGGGAUAGGGCGAAGGGAGGCUCCUCCUUCAGUUUGUUCCGUGGAAGCGAAGGUGGGUUGCAUCAGCGGUCGGUGGGGGAGAGAGACCUGAGGGACAGAGAUAGAGCUAUGAUGGGAGGUGGGGGCUGUGGUGGUGGUGGUGGUAGUGGUGGUAGCAGAGGGGCCGGGACUUACUCCUUGUCUAAAUCUCUCUACCCAGAUAAGGUGAACCAGAACCCCUUCAUCCCAACCUUCGGCGACGACCAGUGUCUAUUACACGGCGCCAAACCGUACUACAUCAAAAAGCCACAGACGCAGCAACAGCAGCAGCAGCAGCAACUUCUCAACAACAGCCGAGGAGGAGGGGACUUCCGCGGCUCCAUCGGAGCGACUUCCUAUUUGCCCGCAUCCGCCACAGCUGGGGUGAUGUCCAAUGUGGCCCCCAGGUUCCCCAAAGAGCUGUGUCUGGGUGGGGUGGGAGGGCCCAUGGGGAACCACCAUGGGGCCAGCAAGCUACUGCCUGGGGGCAGGGACACGUUAGGUUUGGGGCAGGGACAGAGACCCUUCAACGGUGCCAGCAAUGGACACGUUUACGAAAAGCUCUCCAGCAUUGAGUCAGACGUCUGAGGCUGAAGAUGGGGGAAGAGAGAGAGAGAAGGAGAAGAUGAAGUGGGUGAAGAAAAGAGGGAGGCAAACAUACAGAAGACCUCUCUGUGUGAAGAGAACGAGGAGACACGAUUCUGUGUGUGCUGUUCUCGCUCCACUCAAUGGAAAGAAUUUGGACGAUGCGCAGAGGCCACUGCAGGCUGUGUUGUGAAGUCCAGCGGGAGACAAGUUUUUAAUGAGAAGAGAGGAUUCUGGUGCUGCUCCGACGCUCAGAGAAAGAUAGGAAGGGAGGGAUGGAGGGGGGAAAAAGUGAAAUAAGAUCUCCAGUCUCUGCUCUCUUCACAUGCUCAUUGUCUUUCCCUCCCUCCUGCAGUUCCUUAACACCAAAACGAACAUUUUGUUUAACAACGGAAAUACAAUCAUGAAUGAGAAAUCAACGCUUCUGUUGAAGUAACAGGGUAAACUAAUAAUAAUUGUAUUGAUAAUGUUAAUAAUAUAA